AGCAUUUAACAGUCUUCUACGAACAAUAACACUAGGGGUGCCUCAGGACUAAACGCCACAGAGAUCGUGGGACUGCUGGAGUGUUCAAAGGAAAGCGGUCUGAUAAGGCUAAAACCUUCUUAAAAGGGGCACUUAAAACCCUUGGCAAAAUGGGCAGGUGACACUGACUAGAUGUUAAUGAGGAGAACAUACCGCAACAAACUUACCGAAGUGGAAAAGGAUUAUUCUGUAAAAAAAAAACAAAAAAACUAGAGCUUGAAGUGAGGGCCAGUGAAGCAGGAGAAGCUGGUUGCCGAGGAAUGUAUAUUGACAUUUGUCUCUGAGGACUGAAGAGAGAGUCUUACUUGAUAAACGGCUGGACAACAAAAUUCUUUUAGAGUGAUAAAGAGACUGAAUGCCUGUAGCCUGUCCCUCUGAGUGGAGGUUGGCAAGUGAGCAGGGAUGGAUGUGUUUGGUGGAGCGCCACGGUUCCUAGCCUACCCUCGUCCAGUGGUUGUACAGAGUGGCACAGAUGCAGUUCUGAAAUGCCAGAUCAGUGGGGAUCCCAGACCAGCAGUUAUAUGGGAGAGAAACAAUGAGAAGAUUCACCCAGAGGGCAGAUACCGGGUGUUUGAGGAUGGCAAUGUCUACAACCUUAUCAUAACUUCUGUGACAAAGGAGGACAGUGGACAAUACAUCUGUAAGGCCAAGAACUGUAUUGGAGAGACGUACGCAGCAGCCACUUUGAAAGUAGAAGGCGAAGCACAGGAGAAGGAAUUUCGGGAGGAAAAUAAGCCGCGCUUCCUCAUCAAGCCCCUCUCGACUAGGGUUGGACGAGGAGAGGAUGCAAUGUUCUCCUGUAAGCUAUGGGGAAACCCUCGACCAGAAGUGAUUUGGGAGAAGGAUGGCAAGAAGUUGAAUGAGAUCUUUGAGAGCACACAUUUCACCAUCAGCUAUCAGGAUGGAGGGUGGUUCCAGCUAAAGAUUUUCAAGACAAGAGCACCAGACGGAGGGGUGUACACGUGUAAGGCCAGGAAUGAAUUUGGAGAGAGUCUGGCAGGGGCUGUGCUGUUGGUGGAUGCAGGACCAGGACACGAAGAUGAUGGGAACCGUAAUGGAUACACUAAUGGCCACUGGAAAGCACAUCAGGGAAAACAAAGAAGUGGUAGGCAAGUUGCAACAAGGCUGAAAGAUGACCUACUACCAAACUCAGCCAAAGUGAAAAUGUUUGCAGUGACAGAAGGGAAACAUGCAAAGUUUCGUUGCUAUGUAACUGGGAAGCCAAAACCAGAAAUAUUAUGGAGGAAAGAUGGGAGACUUAUCUUGUCUGGGAGACGGUAUCUCCUGUAUGAAGACAGAGAGGGUUACUUCACACUUAAAGUUCUCUACUGCAAACAACAGGACAAUGGAGUUUAUGUCUGUUCUGCUUCAAACACUGCAGGCCAAACCCUGAGUGCUGUACACCUUAUUGUCAAAGAGCCACCUGUUCGAUUUAAGCAGCCACUCAACGACUUGCAAGUAUGGGAGAGAGACUUGGCUGUUCUUGAGUGUGAAGUUCCUGAGGACUCUGUUCCAAUCACAUGGUACUUAGAAGACAGACGACUACAGCCUGGAGCCAAAUAUGGGAUGGAAGAGUGGGGGACAAAGCGUCGACUGACAAUUCGUGAUAUUGGAGUUGAUGACGAUGGGAUUUAUCUAUGCGAGAUGGCUGAUGGGGGUAGAAGCAUUGCAGAGGUAGCAGUCAAAGGCACUAUAGUAAGAAAGCUGCCACGAAAAGUUGAUGUCCUGGAGGGGGAAAAUGCAGCCUUCUGUGUGGAGGUGGAGGAGGAGGAAAUGGACAUUCAUUGGUACAAAGAUGGAACAGAGCUAAGGGAGACCCAUCAGACCAUUCUCAAAUCUUUUGGAAGGACACACAUUUUGGUCUUUGUAAACACCACACCACAAGACUCUGGCUUGGUCAUGUUCUAUGUGGGUAGAUCAAAAACUUCAUCUCAGCUACGGGUGAAAGCGGCAAGGCACUGUCCACCAAGCUGUCCAAUUGGGGUACAGAUAAACACAGAACGAGCGAAUGCAGCUCUUCUUUCCUGGUUUCCAGCACAAGACUCUCGAAAGAAUCCACCUUCAGGGUACAUAAUUGAGAGACAAGAGGUUGGCUCACAAGAGUGGCUGCAAUGUUUGACUACAGACUCUGCAACCUCAGUGGAGAUUCUUGGCGACAGUGUUCCAUGCGAGGCAGACUACAGAUUUCGGAUUUGCAGUGUCAACAAAUAUGGAAGGAGUGGAAAUGUAGAGUUCCCUCGAGCAGUUCACCUUGUUCCAGUUGCCAGAAUCCAAGCACCUCUACAAGAUGCUUUAGUACCAGAGGGCCAGGAUGCCUGUUUUACCAUUGAGCUCUCUGCCUCAGUAAUAGGCACUUGGUUUCUAAAUGGAAAUCAGCUUCAAGACGAUGACCGCUUCUCAAUAAGGCGUUCACGUACACACCAGUCCCUACGCAUCCGCGGGGUACGAGACACAGACAAUGGAGCAGAGAUCACCUUCAUUGCUUACGGAAUUCGAGAUUCUGCUGCUUUGUAUAUACAAGCUCCACUGGUAAAGUUCACUCCACUUUCUGAAAUGGAUCGAAACAAAUUUGUGGAGGUUGGCAACCCUAUAGUACUCUACUGUGAGCUGUCAGACCCUGAGGCUCCAGUUCGUUGGUAUAAGAAUGGUGUUGAACUUAAUUCAAUGGAAGGUCUGCAUAUCCAAUCAGAAGGAACAAUGAGGAGGAUUGUCAUCCAAUCAGCGGAUUUUUCCCACUCAGGAGUGUACAGCUGCGACGCUAUUGAUGACGUUAUCAGGUUUAAUGUGGAGGUUGAGGCCCCACCAGUGAGGUUCUCAGUUCUUCCGGAGGGUGAGAGGAACAAAUCCAUUGAAGCAGGCUCAACAAUAGCACUGCAAUGUGAGCUCUCAGAUCCACUCGCCCAGGUCUCCUGGUACAAAGAUGGUGCGAAACUACUGCCACAAAGUGGACUAGACUUCAAUUCCGAGGGCACAAAGAGGGAACUGUUUGUCCAAUCAGCUGAAUUUUACCACUCAGGGGUGUAUAGCUGCAAGACAAGGGGUGAUGCUGUCCACUUCAAUGUGGAUGUUAAAGCCCCACCUGUGAGGUUCUCAGCUGUCCCAGAGGUUAAGCGGAGAAAGUGCAUUGAAGCAGGCUGCCCCAUUAUUCUGCAGUGCGAGAUUUCAGACUCUACUGCACAGGUCCAGUGGUACAAAGAUGGGGAUCAGCUCCUUGUAGAAUCUGGAGUAGACAUCAAAUCAGAUGACUGCAUGAGAACACUCAGUAUUCAGUCAGCACACCCAUCUCAUGCCGGUGUGUACAGCUGCACAACAAAGGAUGAUGUCAUCAAGUUUCAAGUGGAGAUAAGAGCUGAACCAGUGAGAUUCUCAGCUGUUCCGGAAUCUGAGAAGAAUAUAUGCACUGAAGCUGGUGGCCACUUUGAACUCCACUGUAAGGUCUCAGAUCCUACAGUCCAUGUCCACUGGUUCCACAACAAUACACAGCUUCAGCCAGAGACUGGUUUGGAUAUUCAGUCAGAGGGAGAUGCAAGGACACUGGUAGUCAAUCCAGCUGAGCCUAGUCAUUCUGGAUUGUACCGCUGUGAAACAUCUGAUGACUCUGUCCAGUUCACUGUGGAUAUCAAAGACCCACCGGUGAUGUUCUCAACAUUACCAGACACUGUGAAGAACCAGCUGGUUGAAGCAGACUACUCCACUGAUAUGCAAGGUGAGAUCUCAGAUCCAAAUGCCAAGGUGUGUUGUUACAAGGAUGGUGUAGAGCUCGUCUCAAAAAGUCAGCCUCAUAUCAAAUUGGAGUGUACCAGGAGGACGUUGGCUGUCAAGACAGCACAGCCCUCUAACUCUGGAUGGUACGACUGUGUGAGAACGGGCGAUGUCAUCCAGUUUAAUGUACAAGACAAAGUGCCACCACCAAGAUUUUUGGCUGAUCCUGAAGUUGAGAUGACCAAAUGCAAUGAAGAAAUGGAACCUGCUGCACUGCAUUAUGAGAUCUCAGAUCCCACUCCAAAUGUCAGCCAGACCAAAGAUGAGGAGGUCAUGCUUCCUCAUUCUGAACCUGCAGCUGAAUUUAAACCUGAUUUGGAACUUGAAUCUAAAUCUGAAUUUGAACCUGAAUCUGAUCCUGAAAUUCAUUCAGAUGCAUCUAGAGGAACUUUAAUCAUCCACUCACCUGAUUCAUCUCUUUUUGAAGUAAACAGCCCAAAGACACCAGAUGAUCCCAUCCAGUUUGAAAUGGACCAAGCAGAACUGUCUCACUAUGAGGUGUUCAGUGGUGAUACCUAUGAUGACUCUGUCCAGUGCACUGUGGAUAUAAAAGAAGAGUUCCUGAGAAGAUCGGGAACUGAGGCUGAGAUCAGAUCUGAAAAAGAGAACAACAAACUCACAGCGGAAAGAUCUGGAGAAGGCACCCAAAUGUCCAUUCCAACAACCUUCAGACUGACCGAAGAGGAACCGCAGCCAGAACCUAUGCUACAACCAAUGCUACAUCCACAGUUACAACCAAUGCUACAUCCACAGUUACAACCAAUGCUACAUCCACAGUUACAACCGAUGCUACAUCCACAGUUACAACCAAUUCUACAACCACAGUUACAACCGAUGCUACAACCCCAGAUACAACCGAUGCUACAACCCCAGAUACAACCGAUGCUACAACCCCAGAUACAACCACAACUGCAACCUCAGCUACAACAGCUGGAACCACAGUUGCAACCAAUGAACCAGAAGAGUACUUCAAUUUCCGAAGAUGAGGGCUCAAAUCAAAUACAAGAGAGUGAUUUGGAUCAAGAUGUCUUAGCUUUUAAGGUGGAUGUUGAAGCCUCGAGGACAAAUUCCACACCAAUUUGUGGAAUGGAUGAGCACUUUCCUAUUGAUGCAGACUGUUCCAGUGUACUGCUAACUGAGAGCUCUGACCACACAACUCAAGAAAAACCUAUAUCCUGCCAACAAGAUGAAGCAACAGUGAUAUCCAAUGAACCUCCAACACAGAAAGAGCACAUCCAGUCAUCAAAUAUAUGUCUGCAAGAAGCACAUGAGACCGUUACCAAGGAUGAAUUUGCUUAUCAAGAGGAACUGAAAGAAUCUGGUCAUAAAGAAGAAUUAUUUACACAACCAUUUGAAACUGAAGUUGUCCGACCCAUUGAAGGUGAUUCUCCAGUUCAUUGGUACAAGGACAAAAUACAAUUUUACUCUGAAAAUGAAAAUGGAAAUAUUCUUGAAAUGAAGGAAGAUGUACGAAGACUGAAUGCUCCAGUCACUGACUUGGGUCAAUCAAAGGAUGAUGACAUAAUAUUUAAGGUGGAUGUCCAAGCUACAUCUUUGCAAACUUCAAGUAUCCAUGAGACUGAAAAGAGCGAGUCAAAUGAUGAAACAGUCAUUGCUAAUUUUUCACAACCUGAGGUAUCAAGCACAAUGGCAGAGGUGUGCUGGUACAAGGAAGGUGAGGAUCUCCAACAAUGUGACGUUAUCACCCAAUCUGAGGAGACUUUCAGAGCUCUUGUUGUCAAAACAUCCGAGCCGUCUCACUCUGGGGAACAUGCUUGUGAGACAGAUGAUGUCACCGUCCAGUUUGCAGUGGACCUACCAGCUCUUCCAGUGACGUUCUCCAGUGUCCCUGAGGCUCAACGGACCAAAUGCAUUGAGUCAGGAAGACCCUUUAAACUGCAAUGCGAAGUCUCACACCCUGAUGCGCAAGUCUGGUGGUACAAAGAUGGGAAUGAGGUGCUUCCUCAAGAUGAUAUUGUCACUGUGAAUGAGGAAGCAAUGAGAACACUCUCUGUGCAAACUGCUGAAUUAUGUCAUAGCGGGACAUACAGCUGCCAGACAAAUAAUGACCUCAUCACAUUCCAUGUGGAAAUCAAAGCUCCAUCACUGAAGUUCAUUCCAAUUUCAGAAGUGGAGAAGAACAAGUCCACAGAAGUAGACUCACCAAUCGUUCUGAAAUGUGAGCUAUCAGACGCUACCGCUCAGGUGCUCUGGUGUAAAGAUGGUAAAGAGCUGGCCCUAAACCCUGGGCUAAAUUUCCAAACAGAUGGAAAUAUGAGGAAACUAACUGUUCAAUCAGCAAAACUGUCUGAUACUGGAAACUACACCUGUCAUGUUCCAGGUGAUACCGUAUCAUUCGUGGUGGACGUUCAAGCUCAUCCUGUAAGGUUCUCAGCACUCCCAGAAAUUGCAAGGAACAAGUUUAUUGAAGCAGGCUGUCCCAUUAUACUUCAGUGUGAAAUCUCAGACCCUACUGCCCAAGUUUCCUGGCUCAAAGAUGGAGUCAAACUCCAACAAGACAGUGGACUUGACAUCCAAUCAGAGGGCACUAUGAAGACAAUGAUCAUCCAUUCUGCUGAGCUCAAACACUCAGGCGUGUACAGCUGUGAGGCUGUGGAUGAUCGCAUAGCAUUCAAGGUGGAUGUUGCAGCUCCACCAGUGAUGUUCUCAGCUGUUCCUGAGAUUGAGAAGAACAAGUCAGUUGAAGCAGGCUGGCCAGUCAUUCUCCAAUGUGAGAUAUCAGAUCCUACAGCCCUGGUCCAAUGGUACAAGGAUGGAUUACAGCUCCUACCUCAAUCUGGGGUUUACAUCAAAUCACAGCACACCAUGAGGACACUGGUUAUCCAAUCAGCAAAUGUAUCCCACUCUGGGUUUUACAGUUGUAAUACUGCUGAUGGUAUCAGUGAAUUUUUUGUGGAUGUUAAAGAUCCAUUCUGCUGCUUUUAUGGGCUCCUUAACCAUUUCCAUAAUGCAGGAAUAUUUUUGAAGCUUCACAAGUUUGUUUGCAAUUUUUCCACCAACUUGUGCCAUCCUUAGAUGCUAUUUAACCAGCAUAUUGGUUCUCUUUACUUAUAAAAUAAAAAAACACUUACGCUGGACAAGCAUGCCUUGUAACCAUUAUUAUCUGUGCUUAAUAGCACUUCAUUCUCACAAAGCUUUCAUUAACUCUUCAUUCUCUUUUUCUUUGUAUUUCAUUUGGCUUAUAGAGUGGAGAAAGAGUUCAACAGGGCUGGCCAAGCAAUCAUCAUCAGUGCUUGAAUUGCAUGUUUAACAUGUCAUACUUGUGUGACUAAGUAAAAGUAGCAUAACAAAAAACUAAUGACCACUUCCUUCUC